AUAGGGCUGAUACGGCACUGCUUUCAAAGGCAGUGUUUCUUCUCCCUGCGCUGCAGGCGGCUCAGAGCGAAUCUCAAGGAUGCGUGCUUCACUCUGGAUGCACAAUCAUAAUUUUCCACCCUGCUCCUCGAGGUGCAUUUCAGCUUUGAGGUACUUGGUUUUAAACCUGGAGACGCCAGCUGGUGUUGAAGAAAUAGCCACUUGCCCGUCAAAUUAACUUCUGUUAAUAGAGAAAAUUUUAUGGAAAUUGAAAAUAUUUAAGUUGUAUAAUAUUUAAACUUCUAUAGAAAUUUGAAUGGUUUUAAGGAUCAGUUCAUUUUGGUUUUGAGUUGAGAGGAGAGAGAAACCUUCAGUAAACUGUCUGAGCCUCUUGAAUUUAUUUCUUUGUUUGAAGAUGUCUGUUUGACCAGGUUAAUUGGACUCAUCUUUUUUAUGGGAUUUUUAAAAAUAAAAAUUUAAGUAUUAUUUAUAUUAAAUGUGUUAGAAAUGCUUCAGUGACAAAUCAGACUAUUUGGUAUGUGACUUAAAAUUUAAGCAGACAAAUAUCUGUGACAAGGUUACCGGGCUUACAUCAUAGAAUAUGUAGAACAUGUUUAAAAAUAACUACAAAUAAUGUCACAUUUUAUAACCCUGUGCCAUUCUGGUUUGAUAGGCUAUUUCUGAUUUCACAAUCUCUUAUGAACAUACAUGGUUAUACCUCUUUUACAUGGAAAAAAAUAAUUGUGCUUCUCCAUCUUGAACACCCAGAAUUAAAGUCAAAAACAUGAGUUAAAUGGUCAUGUUUACCUCUUUUUUUGUAUCUCUGUGAGAGUUGCAGGCAGGAGUUUUAGAGACACCACCAUGCUUGUUUAUUUAUUCAUCAUUGUUUUCACUAAGGUACUACAUCUGGGAAAACUACAGAUCCUCUGAAAUUCAGGGGAUUGGGAGCAAUAAGACACCAUUUCAGGAUGAGCCCACAGGCCCAUAAAUAAAAGUGUGAAUAUUUUCAUGAUUGACCCUUUUGAGAAGUUGGUCUGAGGUCUCCUGAGAGAAGGUAAACUGUGGCUGUCCUUGCAGCCAUUUCCCUGGUUCAGAAACUAAGAUCAUCAUGAAAUUCCUGGCCCUGAGAUCUGAAGCCCAGUAGGGCUGGGGACCACAGUAUCUUGUCACUUGCCUUAAGACUUAGAGCUUAAGAACAGUGGUCUUUGGUUUGGGGAAAUUUUCCCCCUUGAUUUGGAUCUGUGUGUUUCAUGUUUGGUUAAUGCAGUAGUAGCAUAUUGUCAAUACAAAUGUGAAACUUUUUAAAUUUGGGGGAACAGCUAUGUAUAUACAUACUGCCUACCACAUGCCAUGCCAUGAAAGCCCCCACCUCCACACAUACACGUACGUUGUGUCUACUUCAAGAUUACGUGUUCAUGAAUAGAUACAGGAUAUCAAGAAAUCAUAGGAGUAUACGCACAGACACACAGAGCAUGCACACAGCAUGGGAGAGAGAGGCCUGGGGCAGGAUGGGAAAGAGUUCUGACAUCAAACAGCCCCAACCUGAGUGAUAAAGAUCUUCAUCUUUGAUUUUGUUUGUUUGUUUAUUUACCUUUUAUUAAAACAAGAUGGAUUUUCCUAUCUAUAAUGGUGAGUUUAGGCAUCAGUGAUGUUAGUUCUCUGGGUGUCUGUGUAGUACAAUAUAUGCAUGUAAUGUACUUGCAGUUAACCCAAGAUUCAUCAAGGGCAGCAUUAUGUGAUGACAUUGGGUUAUUUUCCCUCCUCUAAUCUUUGUAAUUAUGAAAUCAUUUCACUAUGAAAUAAGUACUGGUUUUGGUUUUUGUUGCCUUGUUCUAAUGGAGUUUCACGUCUAAGGACCCAGCUGACAGAGAACAAACCAAGAUCUUUUUAGGGUCUCUGGCAAACCCUUGCUGUCUGUAAGACUGACAGGCAUUUUCCGGCCCUGUAACUCCUGCUUUUAACCAUGGGCCUCUGCACCUCCUUCUCCUUGUCCUGUGUCAGUAUGUUUUUGCUGGCAGAACUCUCAGACUCACAUGUAUAAUCGUUCCAUUUCACAGGAGAAAAGAGCUGCAAAAGCCACAAUGACCCAUCCUUUGGGACUUACAAAAGGAGAACAAUUGAUCCAGUUUACACCUUGAGACAAAGGAUCAUUCUCUUGCUCAAAACAAGCACAUGUUGAUGUGUGAUUUAGAUCUUAGGAAGGCUGAGUUUCAGAGUACUGGCAUUAUAUGCACACACAUUUAAAAUUCAGGUGAAGAAGGAGACAGGAAUGGGGUCCAUCAGGGACUUCAGCCCCUCAAACAGACUGUAGCAAUAGCAACAAAAUGUUAUUGUGGUGUCCACUAGACACUCACUGGGUGAUCCUCACCCAGUCCCAUGGCACUUGUUUUUUCCAAUUGAACAAAUGACUUCACACCUCAAGGUAUCCCUCUGCAUCUCCUGCAAUAGGUGUUCAUGCCCAUUUUCAGUGGCCUUGCUUUAAAAGCUUAUUUUGGCAUAGUUUUCAAAUGAUGAUAUUCCCACAAAUAUUUUUAAGACAUCAUGAAAUAGUAAGAGUGAAGUGUUGCAUUAUUACAAGUGAAACAGCAAACAAAAGACACUUUUCAGAAAAUUUCUGAGGGGAGACAUGAGCAGAGCUCAGCCUACUUCUGUGUGUCACUGGGGGUCACUCCUGAGAAGGGCCCAAAGAGAGGGCAGCAGAGGCCUAAGCUCCAGGCCAUGGGCUGCUGGGUUCCGUUAACCGUUGGUCCUUGGAUUGAGCUGUGAUAAACAGGUGGAUGUCAUAGGUGCCUGCGGGCCCCGCCUAGGGACAAACUGUUAAAAACGGUGAAAACCCAAAGUCCCAGGCAUGGGGGCCACUUGUCUUCCCAGCCCAGGCCAGCCCUGUUUCCCUUCUCCCAUGGCCAUUUCUGCCUUUGGGGAACUCACAAUUCCUGUUGACUAAAAGAGCUCCCUCCUCCACCGCAAGCCUGUCAAAUCAGACAGAUGUCCUAAUAAUCUCUGAACCCAUUUUGGUCAGGACAGGAAGCACAGGCUCCCUUCCCACCUCUCUUCUCCUGAGAGAAAACUAUCUUCCCUCCUUUUUUGCAUAUUUGGCAAAUGGUUCCACCUUUCUCUCCGCCCCAGUGGAGUGUGAAGGCCGUGGUGCAGGCGAGGGCCCAUCACCGGGCAGCAGGGUCCCUCCCAGGUGGCUGAGUCCGGGCCUCUGUGCAGCCCGGGGUCUGAAGACCCCAGUCCUCAAAGGCGGGAUUUGUGUGGGAAGGCAGCACCCUUGGUCUCGGGGAGGCCAGGUUCAUCGAUAACCUGAGGACAAUGGAUGCUGAUGAGGGUCAAGACAUGUCCCAAGUUUCAGGGAAGGAAAGCCCUCCAGUAAGCGACACCCCAGAUGAUGGUGAUGAGCCCAUGCCUGUCCCCGAGGACCUGUCCACCACAUCUGGAGGGCAGCAGAACUCCAAGAGCGAGAGAGGAGUGGUUACAUAUGGGGCUGAUGGCUUUAGGGAUUUCCAUGCAAUAAUUCCCAAAUCUUUCUCUCCCAGUAAUGUUAAAGUAGAGACUCAGAGUGAUGAAGAGAAUGGGCGUGCCUGUGAAAUGAAUGGGGAAGAAUGUGCGGAGGAUUUACGAAUGCUUGAUGCCUCGGGAGAGAAAAUGAAUGGCUCCCACAGUGGCCAAGGCAACAAAGCUCUGUCAGGAGCUGGAGGCGUUCGACUUCCUAACGGCAAACUAAAGUGUGAUGUCUGUGGGAUCAUUUGCAUCGGCCCCAAUGUGCUCAUGGUCCACAAGAGAAGCCACACUGGAGAGCGGCCUUUCCAGUGCAAUCAGUGCGGCGCCUCCUUCACGCAGAAAGGCAACCUGCUGCGCCACAUCAAGCUGCACUCUGGGGAGAAGCCCUUCAAGUGCCAUCUCUGCAACUACGCGUGCCGCCGAAGGGACGCCCUCACGGGCCACCUGAGGACGCACUCCGUUGGUAAACCUCACAAAUGUGGAUAUUGUGGCCGAAGCUAUAAACAGCGAAGCUCUUUAGAGGAACAUAAAGAGCGCUGCCACAACUACUUGCAGAGCAUGGGCCUUCCAGGCACGCUGUACCCAGUCAUUAAAGAAGAAACUAAUCACAGUGAAAUGGCAGAAGACUUGUGCAAGAUAGGAUCAGAGAGAUCCCUCGUGCUGGACAGACUAGCAAGUAACGUCGCCAAACGUAAGAGCUCUAUGCCUCAGAAAUUUGUUGGGGACAAGUGCCUGUCAGACAUGCCCUAUGACAGCAGUGCCAGCUACGAGAAGGAGAAUGAGAUGAUGCAGACCCACGUGAUGGACCAAGCCAUCAACAACGCCAUCAGCUACCUGGGGGCCGAGUCCCUGCGCCCCCUCGUGCAGAUGCCCCCAGGCAGCUCCGAGGUGGUCCCGGUCAUCAGCCCCAUGUACCAGCUCCACAAGCCGCAUGUGGAGGGCCCCCCGCGGUCCAACCACUCCGCCCAGGACAGCGCCGUGGAGAACCUGCUGCUGCUCUCCAAGGCCAAGUCGGUGUCCUCCGAAAGGGAGGCGUCCCCGAGCAACAGCUGCCAAGACUCCACAGACACCGAGAGCAACAACGAGGAGCAGCGGGGCGGCCUCAUCUACCUGACCAACCACAUCAACCCGCACGCGCGCAACGGCCUGUCCAUCAAGGAGGAGCACCAGGCCUACGACGUGCUGCGGGCGGCCUCCGAGAGCUCCCAGGACGCCUUCCGGGUGAUCGGCCCGAGCGGGGAGCCGAUGAAGGUGCACCGGUGCGAACACUGCAGGGUGCUCUUCCUGGACCACGUCAUGUACACCAUCCACAUGGGCUGCCACGGCUUCCGUGAUCCUUUUGAGUGCAACAUGUGUGGCUACCACAGCCAGGACAGGUACGAGUUCUCGUCCCACAUCACGCGGGGGGAGCACCGCUUCCACAUGAGCUAAGCCCCCUGUGCGGCAUGGACCCCCUCCAAGAAAAGCACACGGGCCACCGCCCGCCCGCCCCUCCUUCCAGCAGCACGGACUGCGCCAGAACACUGUGCUUUGAUUUCUAGGUGGUGUUCUGUUUCGUUUUGUUUCAGUUGGUUGGGAUUUGAUUUGCUUUUUGAAAAUAAGAGUUUUGUUGUUAGGUGCAGGGUUACAUGUGGAGCUCCCAAAACUGCUGUCUUACUAGACGUUUCAUAGACUGCUAGCUGAACCCCACUCAUGCCGCUUCCCAGAACCCCCUCCUCCAAACUGCUUAUCAUUGUCAGAGAGAACCUUACAGAAACAGGCCAAAGCCUGGGAAGGAAUGAGCCAGUUCAUGCGUAAUUCAAUCCGCACAGAUGUGGUUUCCCAGGCCCCGGAAGCCCCGAGCACAGCACCUGAGGUGCGUCCCAGUGCCUGUGGGCUCCAGGUGAGCAGAUGCCCCAGGUGAGGUGCCGCCAUCGCAGCGGGGCUUAGACACCAUGCCGAGGCCACAGCCUGGGUCUGCAUGCAUCUAGGGCGGAGAGCCUGCAGUUUUUUAAAGAUGCUAUUCUAAGUCAUAUUCUACACAGGAAAAUACAUCGUUGGGGAAAAGCUGUGACCAUCAAGCACCCUGGGCAGAGGGCAAGAUGGUGGGGGGAGGGUGCAAUGGGAGGGACAGCCUUUCAGACUCAUCCUCCAUGUCCAAACCAGGCGAUACUGCUCGGCCUUUGAGGCUUGCUGCCGGUGGAGUGGACUCGUGUCCUUGCGAGCAUACUGGAGACUGUGGUCCUUUGCUUCCCAGCCCCACUCCUUCAAUGGCAAGAGUCUAUCACUACAUUUAUAACACCCACCCUGAAAUUUGGACCUCAGUUCCUUUUGAGCCUCGCAGACAGUAAAUUCCUCAGACACCAAAGUGUUAAUCCCAAUUCCAAUCUUUCCUUUGGGUAUCUAUUCCCUCCAGGCUGGUUCUACCUAUGAUCAGAAGCCUGUUUUCCUGCAUAAGGGCCCACCCACAAAAGUGCAUGUUUUGUUUGUAGCCACAGGUCUAGAUUUCUUCCUGUUGGUAAAUUUCUUUCCCUAUCUUCACUGUAUAUUAUUCUUGUUUAAAAAUCCUUAAAACAAGGAUUCAAAAUGACCAUUAAUUUUCAGACCAUGGAAAUAAGACAAGUGAAGCCAACCAGUGUUGCUGGCACACAGAACCUACCUGCUUAAAACUAACCUUUCAAACAAUCUGAAACUCUCUCCUGCAAGGACAAAGCAGCACCCAGGUGUCCACACAUAAAUACGAUGGAUGGCCCUGCACCCAUUCUCACUGGGUGGCUGGGUGACCAGCCCAUGAGGGAGGACAGGAAAGGGGCACGUGACGCUGGAGGCAGAGCUUCCCCUGCAGGCUUAGACAUCCAGUGCUCUCUGUAGCCCCACUGCAGUGCCUGGGGGUCCUAGUCCCAACCAGAGAGGGGCUUCCUUCAGGGCUAUCCCCUCAUUAGGAAAAUAAUCCUGACCACCUAACAAGGAAGAACACAUAAUUUCAGAUGUUUACAGUUCUUGUCUUUGCCAAAACUGAACCAAGAUGAACAUGAGAAAACAGGAAACAGUGCAUGUAAGCACCUGCACAUGUCAUCCCAACUCCGGGUGCCUGUCACAGUGCCACUGACCUUGGGGCUGGAUGAUUCCAUGUCAUGGGGACUCUCCUGAGAACUGCAGGGCGUUUAGCAGCAUUCCUGGUCGCCACCCAGUAGAUGCCAGUAGCAUCUUCAGUUGGCCACCAAAAAUCUCUGUGGACAUUGCCAAAUGUCCCCUGGAGACAAACACCCCAAGUUGAGAACCACUGCUGGAAAUGAAUCUAAGUCAGUGAAAGGUCUGGGGACCUUCCAGAAAUAAAAACACUGGAAGAAUUUUCCCAGGGAGCAGCCGUAUCCUGACUCGUGUUCCUUUGGAUUCAUUAUAGACUCUGCAAAUGAGUUACUCACCCUCGGUCUUCAGAAACAGGCCUGCCCGAGUGCAUUUGAGUUUGUUGAAAGGAGGGAGUCUACACAGAUAGCAUUCCUGGGUUAUGGGUUUCUUUGAUUACAGAAUGGUGUAGCAUUUUGAAACAGGAAAUAAAAUGGUAAUAAUUUAGACCAUGGCACACCAGUGCCCUGAGUAAAAGAGAGUAGAUAGGAGCUGGCUGCUGACAGCUUUAGGCCAAUAUGCAAUUCCUGAGAAAGAUAAUGCUUCCUCCAAGUGAACAUGUUCGAGGUGACAGACUUCUUACCAGCUUGCUGGCCAGUUGCACCCACUCUGUUCCAGUCCAUCCAUCCCACAGAGUCAGUUAGUUGAAAGGAGUUAUUUUUCCCCAUGGCUUCAAACAAAGCUUACCCAGAAUUGUAAAUAGUCGCUACAGGAGUUCUUUUUAAAAUGCUUUCCCCUUCCUCCCACUGCCUUUUAUAGCCAAUGUAACUGUCUAUUUACACACCUUUUAUUGUGUGUAAACAUCGUAACACCAUGUUUAUCGUAACACCAUGUUUCGUAACACCAUGUUUCUUUGAACUAUUGUAUUUAAAGUAAGGUUUCACAUAACGUCAAUAAGUAAUUAAAUUAUGUUUGAGAGGUGGCCAUAUUCUGUACCAAAAGCUGUUACCAUUUUGCAUCUAGCUGGUAAAAGUAGGAUUCUGCAUGACCUCACACCUUUUCGUUGUGUGGUUUAUUCUGUUGUUUGAGGGUGUGUGUGUCCUGGGAACCACUGUGUACUGAAGCAUGUCUACGUUUCACACACUCUCAUGUGUUUAAGUAUCAGAGAAAGGAGAGCCACUAUAGCAGAUUGAUCUGUUGACUUCAACGAGAAAUCGCUGUUUAGUGUUCCUGCCCCUCCUGUCACCCAGCUUCCCUCCAUGUAGAGCCUGGACUCCUGCCCCCUGCCCAGGUCCCUUCUGUGAUGGGUGCCACAGAGCAUGGGCUUGACCUAGACGAAGAGUCCCUAAGAACUGUGUUACUGCUUUAUCACCAAAGGGCAUGUCCCAGCACCAGUCACUUCAGAUGCCAGCAUGUUCCACUUGCUGUUCAGAAUCAACGAUGUAAUGAAAUCUUAAAACCUUCCUUGAGAAAAAGAACUACAUGUUACAAGAAUGUGAGUUUUGUUUCUGUUGGGUUUUUUUCCUAUUUUUGUGAGAUUUUUUUGUUUUGUUCAGAUUACUUUGUGACUCUUAUAGAGUCCUCUUUUUGCCAAAACAAAAGCAAAAUGAAAUGGACUUAUAUACACAAACCAUGAAGCAAAUGUAUUUCUCUGUCCUGCUCUUAAGUUCCAGCAAUAAUGAAGGAUCAACUCUACUUAAAAUCCAGAUCUCUCUCAUUCAGUUCAAUGUGGAUUUUUUUUACUUUAUAGUGAACCAAAAUCAGACUUAUUUAAGAUGUCCAGGCAUCAGAAAAAAGCACAUAUGCUCUUGUUGCAUAGCACUCACUGUGAACAAGUGUGACCAGAUAUUAAUAUGCAAUAUUGUUUCCAAUACUUUCUAAUACACUUUUUUACAAUGUUGUGUGUGGUGAUUGUUAAGGUCCAAUUUGUUUGUAUUCAAUGCAGCUUUAGGUCUUCAGCUGCCACUCUGGCAAAUACAUGUACAGGAUUGUAAAUGAGGAAAUGCAGUUGUAUUUCCAACCUGCCUCUAUGAUGAUGUUAAAUUAUUUCUGUUUAGCUGUGAACAAGGGGUGUAACCCCUGGUGGAAUAGAGUAUUCUUUUGUACACA